AUGCUCAGUAUGGACAGUGUAGCGGUGUAUGCCGCGGUACCUGCCUUGCUCUGGAGCUCGUCUAUGUACCUGAUCCAGAGCAUCGGCAUCCUCAUGGUGUUCCUAUAUUACUCCUACCCCCCACGCAAACCUACAUCCUCUCAUCUGCCCGAGGAUCAGGUCCCGCACAUAACCAUCAUCCGUCCCGUCAAAGGUCUCGAGCCUGAACUUUACGAAUGCCUCGCCUCUACCUUCCGCCAGGACUAUCCGAAGUCGAAGUUGUCUAUAAGAAUCUGCGUUUCUUCUGAGGAUGACCCAGCAUACCCAAUUCUCGACAAGAUCGUUCAGGACUUUGCCGACUUCGAUGUGCGUAUCUUGGUAGAGGAGUACGAUCCUCUGAUCUCAAGUCUGGAGGGCAAGACGGGCGAUGAGUUGGGUCCCAACCCCAAGAUCCGCAACAUCAGCCGUGCUUACCGUGAGGCUAAGGGAGAGCUCAUAUGGAUCAUUGACUGCAAUGUCUGGAUAUCGAGGGGUGUUGCGGGUCGUAUGGUGGACAGGCUCAUGGGCUUUCUCCCAGGCGGCAAGAAGACGACGCCCUUCCGGUUCGUCCACCACAUGCCCUUGGUGGUCGACAUGGCUGUGGCCGACUGCGAGACCACCGGCAGUGUUGGCACAACAGAGCCCUUCUUGGCACGCACCUCGCGUAUCGGGGGUGGACGACUCGAUGAGAUGUUUAUGGCCACCAGUCACGCCAAGUUUUACGGCGCCAUCAACACUGUAGGCGCUGCACCCUGCAUCAUCGGCAAGAGCAACAUGUUCCGCAAGUCUCAUCUAGACGCCUGCACCGAUCCAAGCCUGAACAAAAACCUGAAAGCCUCCGACGCGAACCGGCGCCGCGGUGUCGACUUCUUCUCUCACAACAUCUGCGAGGACCAUCUCAUCGGGGACCUGCUCUGGAAGGCUGAUAUCCCCGGCUACAAGAAACACGGUCUGGUCUGGGGGGAUAUCGCCAUACAACCCAUGAGCGGCAUGUCUGUCGCGGCCUACUGUGCCCGCAGGGUCAGGUGGCUGCGUGCCCGCAAGUGGACAGUACUGAUUGCCACCCUCGUCGAGCCAGGUGUGGAGUCCCUGCUGUGUAAUCUUUACUUUGCAUAUGCCAUCACCACCCUACCCUGGUUCCACAAGACCUUUGGUAUUCCUCACUCCUGGACUGCCAUGGUUGUGUUGUGGAUGGUGGGUGUCACCAUCUGGAUGGUCUGCGACAGAGCGGUAUACCGCCGCCUGCAUAAGUGUCUGACUGUUGAAGUGGACGACGUAACUCCGGCCUUUGCCAGGGGCCCUCAGAGGCCCGGCGGAUUGCAGAGGAAACCUUUGUGGGCAUGGGUGCCGGCCUGGAUCGGCAGAGAGUUCCUGGCUCUGCCCAUCUGGACCUGGGCGGUGCUGCUUGGUACCACCGUCACCUGGCGCGGGAGGACAUUCAGGGUCCAUAGGGAUAUGAGUGUUUAUGAGCACCCCGAGGUUCAGGACGUGCCCAAGUGGCAAGGCCGUCCAACUGCUCGCCACAGACCAUCUCAUUCCAAAUCAUAG